AUGGUCCUGUCAGGGCGCCGGCGUCGUGGUGUUUGGGCGGCCGCCACCUAAGAGACUUUGGUGGGGCAGACUCGGGGGCAGCUCGUCCCCGGCCUCGCUCCCAGCUUGCACCUCCCGGCUCGCGGGCCUCACCGUAGGGCGCGCGUGCGGGCCGGUGUCGCGGCCGCCUUGGGGCCUGGGCCCAGCCGCAGCCUCCUCCACCGCCGCUGGCUCGGAGGGGCCGCGAGAUGCAGCCGCCGGGCCCACCCCCGGCGUAUUCCCCCUCGAACGGGGACUUCACCUUUGUCUCUUCGGCAGACGCGGAAGAUCUUAGUGGUUCAAUAGCAUCCCCAGAUGUCAAAUUAAACCUUGGUGGAGAUUUUAUUAAAGAAUCUACAGCUACUGCAUUUCUGAGACAAAGAGGAUAUGGCUGGCUUUUGGAAGUGGAAGAUGAUGAUCCUGAAGAUAACAAGCCACUCUUGGAGGAAUUGGAUAUUGAUCUAAAGGAUAUUUACUACAAAAUCCGGUGUGUUCUGAUGCCAAUGCCAUCACUUGGUUUUAAUAGACAAGUGGUGAGAGACAAUCCUGACUUUUGGGGCCCUCUGGCUGUUGUUCUUUUCUUUUCCAUGAUAUCAUUAUAUGGACAGUUUAGGGUGGUCUCAUGGAUUAUAACUAUUUGGAUAUUUGGUUCCCUAACAAUUUUCUUACUGGCCAGAGUUCUUGGUGGAGAAGUUGCAUAUGGCCAAGUUCUUGGAGUUAUAGGAUAUUCACUACUUCCUCUCAUUGUUAUAGCCCCUAUACUUCUGGUGGUUGGAUCAUUUGAAGUGGUAUCUACACUUAUAAAACUGUUUGGUGUGUUUUGGGCUGCCUACAGUGCUGCUUCAUUGUUAGUGGGUGAAGAAUUCAAGACCAAAAAGCCUCUCCUGAUUUAUCCAAUCUUUUUACUAUACAUUUAUUUUUUGUCCUUAUAUACUGGGGUGUGAUCUAAGUCAUAUAUGAGUAGAAAAAGACAUGUUACAUUUGUGUGUGUAGGCUGGGAACUCUUGCUAAGGGGAUUGAAGAAAUCCUGUUGCUGGUAAAAUUUUACAUGUUCCACAUGUAAAGGCAGGUUGAAAGUCUUUUUAAAACAACAUUUUUUUGUAUUAUUUGCAGUUAUCUGGAUUUUUUUUGGUCAGAAUUCCGAAUUCUGUUUGAUUCUUCAUAUUCCAGUGAAUAAAAUUUAAAAGCAUUGUGUUUUUAA